AUGGCAACAGCUAUAGAGUUGCAAGAACGCAUAGGCGCCGCACGCGUACUAAUGCGUAUGCUGCAAUACCUUGGACUCUGGCCAAUCUCGCAGACAGGUUUACAGCGGACACGUCACACACAGUGUCGAGCGAGGCUGGCGCAUUACUACCGCUAUUUGCUACACUUGCCGCUCACCUUCACCUACAACACGUUCAUGUGGAUUGAAGCGCUAACGCGUUGGGAACGCGCCGAUCACAUACUCUAUAUCUCCAUAACCGAAGUAGGCAUGAUGGCGUUGACGCUGAACUUUUGGCGUAUGGAACGACGCGCAUGGCAAUUUAUGCAAGAAAUCAGCCACGAUUCAGGUCUUACGCUGUGCAAUGAAGUGGAGCGCAUUUGGUGGCGUAAACAGCAGCGUACUUUUACGCUCAUCGUGAUCUGCUACAUCGGCGGUGGCGCUGGUGUACUCUUCACCGCUUUCGGCGCCACUCUACUCAUGAGCGGCUAUGAGUUGCCCUACGACUAUUGGCUACCCUUCGAAUGGCACAAUGCACGCAAUUAUUGGUAUGCCUACGGUUAUGAGCUGGUGGCCAUGUCGCUCACAUGCAUCGCGAACGUGACCAUGGACAUGAUGAUGUGCUAUUACCUCUUUCACGUGGCGCUUUUGUACAAGUUAAUUGGCAUGCGUCUAAUUGCAUUGCAGUAUUUGAGCGAACCUUUUGCCGUGCAAAAGCUGAGGAACAUCAUCGAAUUACACAAAAAGGUCAAACGGUUGACGGUGCAAUGUGAGUCGUUGGUAUCCUUACCCAUUCUUGUGCAAAUUCUACUCAGCGCCUUCAUUUUAUGCCUUAGCGCCUAUCGCCUACAAAAUAUGCAAAUCAACGAGAAUCCAGGCCAAUUUUUAGCCAUGUUGCAAUUUGCCAGUGUACUGACGUUGCAAAUAUUCCUGCCAUGUUACUUUGCCAAUGAGAUUACCAUAAAUUCGGAUGCACUGAUGACGUGUGUGUACAGCAGCAACUGGGAGGGGUUUUCACCGGCAACGCGUAAGCAAAUGUAUCUCUAUAUGGAAUUGCUGAAAAAGCCUAUCUGCAUUAAGGCGGGCAACUUCUUCAUGGUGGGUCUGCCUGUUUUUACAAAGUGCUGCUGUAAUAAACAACCUAAAGCGAUGACUAAAAAUUCACGAUCACGGAUUUUAUCUCCAAACUCAAGAAUAUCAUCUGGACGCAUAAUUGUCUAUGUAUUGCAAGCAAUUGGUCUUUGGCAAUGGGCAGAGGAUCGCCGUCAAUAUGAACGCAACCGGAAUUUGCAACGAUUACAACGUUUAUAUGGAUUAUUAUUGCAUUUACCGUUGACAUUCACUUUCAUUUUGCUAAUGCUCACCGCUGCACUGCUCGCACAUGACCUGGAGGAAACCAGCGGUGUACUUUACAUGUUACUCACCGAACUCGCUUUGGUUGUGAAAAUAUUGAAUAUUUGGCGACAAGGCAGCUCUGCCUGGCUUUAUAUGGAUGAGUUGGCACAUGAAGUUCUAUAUUCGCUACGUCAAGAGUCCGAGCGUCUGCAAUGGCAGAGCGAACUACGCUCAUUCGACAUUAUUGCCUACUCUUACACACUCACCAGUAUUGGUGUGGUGGUGUUCGCUUGCGUGGGUGUCCUAUUGACUGCGACUGACAUCUAUGUGCUGCCUUUCGACUACUAUGUGCCCUUCGAGUGGCGUCAUCCGCGUAAUUACUGGUAUGCAUGGAGCUAUUGCAGUGUUAGCAUGAUGAUGACUUGUAUCUCCAAUGUUAUGCUGGACAUGAUAUUUUGCUACUUCAUGUUUCACUUGUCGCUAUUGUACAAAUUGAUUGGUUGGCGCUUGGCGGCAUUACGUCGGAGCCGCGCCGAUAAUGGUGUUGGUGGUAGAGGUGACGAGGAUGGUGUACACCGCGAAAUGCGUGAAAUUUUCCAAUUGCAUAUGAAUGUAAAGAGGUUGACCACACAAUGCGAGUCGUUGGUGUCUCUGCCUGUGUUGGCGCAAAUUAUUCUGAGCGCCUUUAUACUCUGCUUUAGCGGCUAUCGUUUGCAACGCAUGCAUAUUAUGGAGAAUAUUGGCAUAUUCCUUAGCACUAUUCAAUUUGUAUCCGUAAUGACUCUACAAAUAUUUUUGCCUUGUUACUAUGGCAACGCGGUAACGGCGAACUCCAAUGCAUUAACUAACGAUAUAUUCAAUUCGGAUUGGACUGGUUUUGAUAUGCGUUCGCGCAAAUUUAUGAUUUUCUAUAUGGAACUAUUGAAACGUCCAGCGACAUUGAAGGCGGGCGGAUUCUUUCAAGUAGGGUUGCCUAUAUUCGCCAAGACCAUGAACAAUGCUUACAGCUUUUUUGCUCUACUUCUCAAUAUGAAUAAUUGA